AUGCCCUCAGGCACUGGUCAGUAUAAAUGUCUCCGCCACAGCAGCGGCAGCAGCAGAAAUUGUCUAGUACCCGCAGCAGAGACAACAGAGGCUUCACCAGCUGCAGCGCCAACAUUCCUCAAAGGUCUCUCAUUUCUCAAGGCCCGAGGCGCAGGGAGGUCGAGUCACGGAAUCGCCAAUCCUCGUUGUUUCCGUGUUGCUGCAACAGCAGCCUGCGCAGCUGCUCUGCUGCAGCCACAGCAGCAAGCCUGGAUGCGCUAUGAAGGAAGGAACGACGGCAGGAGCAGUUUAAUAUACACCGAGGCGCUGACUAACGGCGAACGCGCCCUUCCUUCCCCGUGUUGUUCAGGCACUGCUCUGAAUAUUGUUUUACGGCGGCAACAGGAUCACCAGCAUCGGCAAGUCUGCAGCAGUAGAAUGCCUCCCUAUUUGCAUUCUGCUCUCAGCAAUGGAGGCUCAUCGGAUGCACCGGCAGUGGGAGGAGGAGGAGCAGCAGAUGCAGCAGAUAAGCCAUCCGAUGCAGCACUGGCUACCCCGGAGACGGACGCCACGGAGUUUGUCCAGUUGAAUAGGGACGCAUUUUGUAAAGAGGAGGAAGUAACAUGCCUGCGAGUCCCGUUGAAUCAGCUGCAGGAGCUUUCCAAGGCGCUUAGAAAAUAUCUUUUCAAGCGUAGAAAUUUGCGGCCCGUCGUUUCCGACAUUGCAGAGAAGGAGCGGCAGGGAGAAGUGCAACAGGAAAUGCAAAACGAGCAACAAACUAGCGACGACGGAAAUGCAGGCCAACAAGAGCACCCGCAACAGUCCCACAACCCCACCGAGGUAACGAAAGAGAAAGGCAGCGCAAAGGGCUUCAAAUGCCUGCUGUUGGACCCAUCUAUAGGCCCAGAGCUGGAUGGGCUACCGGAGGACUUGCAGAGUCAAGUGAGGGAUGCGGGGAUUCAAGUUCUGCGCCAUCGCGUGUCUGUUGGUUAUGAGAACCUCUCUGUCGUUGAAUGCCUCACGGCGUUAUUGCCAGAGGGCGCUGAAGUGCCUCACAGGUUCGAGUGCGUGGGACAUAUCGCUCACCUUAACCUUCCUGCCUCUCUUCUGAAGUUCAAAUACGCCAUCGGUCAAGUCGUCUUGGAUAAGCACCCUCAGCUGCGCACUGUGGUUUUGAAGACGGGCAUAGGUGAAAAAUGGAGAGAGUUACAGUUUGAGCUCAUUGCGGGCGAAGCGGCCUACGUCGCCACAGUGAAGGAGAGCGACAUGGUUUUUGAAGUUGACUAUGCCAAGGCAUUCUGGAACUCUAGGCUUUCAUGCGAACGGCAACGCAUUACUGCUGUGGUCCCCAAGGACUCAGUUGUAUUGGAUGCCUUUGCCGGUGUCGGGGCAUUCGCUGUCUACCUCGCGCGGAGCGGCUGCAUUGUUGCUGCGAAUGACGGCAACCCCGCAUCUGCAAUGAACAUGCGGACAAAUGUAAAAAGGAACGGAGUAGCUGAUUUGGUGGAGGUGCACAACCAAGACGCUCGGGACUUUCUUCGCACUCAGGGGCAGCCAGAGGCGAUUGCUGCGCUUGUAGACAAACGCAUACAUAACCGCAGGGGCCAUUCUGGACUAUCUGCUGCAGGAGCUGCAGAAACGUCGGGCAGUCAUCGUCAAGCCGUGGAGGUGCAUGUAAUAAUGAAUCUUCCAGAGCUAGCUGUUGAAUUUUUGGAUGUAUUUCCGGGGCUAUUUAAUCGAGCAGAGCCCCAAGCAAAAAGACGCCGCCCAACGGAAGGACCCAGCAGCUCCCCCGGAGCUGCGCAGACAGACCAGAUAUCCAAGUGGCGCGUUCACUGUUACGCCUUCUCCAGGGACCCAAAGCCCGAGCAAGACCUCAAACCACGAGUGGAAGCCGCCCUUGGCUAUUGGCCGGAGUCUGUAGAGAUACACGAAGUGAGGGAUGUAGCUCCUCAUAAGCGCAUGUACUGUCUCACCUUUGACAUCCCUCUUCUCGUUCUUCUUGGCGAACAUGAAGGCAGCGAGGGGCAAGAAGAUCAGCAUACAACUAAAUAA